CCGAAUCAGGCGGAAUAUGCCCAGUCUCCAAUAAUCCGUGUUUACUCCACCUAAUCUCGCCAAUGAUAACAAAACCCACCGACAAUAGAAUUCCUCCAGCACCGUCGACCCUCAACAAUCUCCAGAUCUCCACCCGUCUCCCCCACAAUGUUGUGAUUCUCUCCCCAGUGUUCCCAGAAUCCCCAGAAUCCACAAAUAAUCAUCUCACGAGAAACAUCCCACGACUCGGGAAUUUAUUUAUACUCCGAUCUGAAUAAUCAUUAUUUUUGGCUUCGAAACUGAUGAGGCAUCUCCAGAUUUCCUAGUGCAGAGUCUCGUCCUUCCCCCAGUGCAAAUCGUUCUUCCCCGAGUGCAAAUCCUCGUCAUUCUCCAGUGCAAAUCGUCGUCCUUCCUCCAGUGCAACUCCUCGUCCUCCCCCAGGGGUUCAUCACCCCCUGAAAAUGGGUCUCCCCUGCGACUGGCAGAUCUCAAAGCAAAAAGUGGCCCAACGAGGUCGUUACCUCCUGGAGACUGGCCAAUGGUCAGACUGCAAAUUCAUUGUUGGUCAGGAGCCUCAACAGCAGAUCCUGGAGGGCCACAAAUUGUUCCUAGCCAUGUCCAGUCCAGUGUUCGAGGCCAUGUUCUACGGAAGCAUGGCCGAGAAAACCGACCCCAUUCCCAUCAGGGACGUCCAGCCAGAGGCCUUCAAAACCCUCCUGGAGUACAUCUACACUGACAAAGUGGACCUGGGGUCCUUCGAGCUGGCCUGUGAGCUCUGCUACUGCGCGAAGAAGUACAUGCUUCCCUUCCUCGUCGAGGAGUGCACGAAAUUCUUGUGGUCCGACCUGUCGCCGAAUAAAGCCUGCAGGGCUUAUGAGUUUGCUAAGCUGUUUGAGGAGCCUGUCCUGAUGGAGAAGUGCCUCUCCAUCAUAUGCACGAAGACCAAUGAGAUCCUCAAUGAACCCAGCUGGGAUGAGGUCGAGGUGGGGACCAUUGUCACGAUUUUUGAGCAGGACGAACUGCAGAUCGAUUCCGAACUCGAAUUGUUUGUCGCGAUCGAGAGGUGGGCGAAGGCGGAGUGCGUCAGGAAGUCGUUAAACCCAACAGAUCCAAAAGCCCUGAGAUCGGUCACUGGUACCGCUCUGACGAAGAUCAGAUUCCUCACAUUAACCCCCCAGCAAUUCGCCGAUGGUCCCGGGAGGUCUCUCCUUUUUUCCGAGAUAGAGGCUUUCUACAUUCUCAUGAACAUCUCCUCCAAGCAGGCGAGUAACGACAUGCCUGAGGGCUUCUCGACGAAUCCCAUCGCCAGGAAGAAGCCCAGACCCACCCAGGGGCCCUUGAACCUCCGAUUGUCGAAGUUCAAUGCCCCCAGGAGUCUGGAGUUCGCCUCGCUGCUGUCGACAAACUCCUGGCAGAAUUAUCCCAGCUUGGGAUUUCCCUCGACUUCGUUGAACCAUUCUCCGUACAUGGUUUCAACUGAGCCGGAGAGGCUGGACUUUUCCUGGAUGUCCUGUCACAGCCCUGAGGGGGGCACCACCAGGAAGGAACCCUCGAGGGAGGGGGCCUCAUCCAGCAAUCCCUCGGCCCUCAUCGAGGGGGGAUUCAGGGAUGGACCCAAGUACUAUUGCCUGAGGUCCAUGGGACAGCAGACUGAUUGUCUCAACUCUGGUGUGCUGGACUGCUCUGUUACCUUCAGUGUUGAUAAGAAUAUCUGUGUCAUCGGGGUCCAGGUGCCCACGCAAGUCGCUUGCGAGGGGAAUCCAGUACCUAGAGCAGCCGAUGGAACCUACACAGAGAUUUUAUAUGCACAUCUUCUGGAUUCUGAAGGGUCGAGGCUAACGUACACCCAUUUUACCACCAAAGUGAAAACUGGAACACUUGUGGAAAUUUCCUUCAAUCGUCCUGUGUUCAUUCAGAAGAAUAAGGUUUACCGAGUUGGCGUCGUCUUCAACAAGGCCGGAUGGUACCCCAUGGGUGAUUGUGUACAAAGAAUGACAUGUGAUACCGUAUUCUUCUCCUUCGGAGUUGGAAACAACGCAGACAGCGUCAGAGACGGUCUCAUCCGUUCAAUCGUCUUCACUUACCACUAAUUUAAUUUUAAAAAAAGACGACGUAAUCUAGACCGUUAACUACACUUGACCAUUGUGAUAUGAUACAGACCUGCCUUAUUUCAAUUGCCCCCCAAAAUCACCGUCAAUCAUUCAAUUUUUAAUUUCUCUCUUAUGUCAAUUGAGGAGAAGGAGAAAUUUUCAAUGCGUUACUGAUAUUGUAAAUUUGAUUGUACAAAGAUGACGAAUUCGUGUUUAUAAAAAUAUUUAUCGUACGUCCAUUCUUCUAUUUAAGAGUCAGCAUUGAGGUUCAGCACAAAUCAGUCACCAAAUUGGUAAAAGAAAAUAAAGAACUAAAUUGUUUAUUUAAAAAUGAAUUCGAGGAGACUAUUAAAUUCGUUAAUCAGUAGUAAAUAUCAUUGAUUCUCGCAAUAACAUCUUUUAUAUUAAUUUAAAAAAAUACAUCGACCGUUCGAGACUUCAACAGCUGCUUAGAUUUCCAAAAAUACAACAUUAUAUAUCUUCAUUUAUCUUCUGAAUUGAAAUCCCAUAAUACGAAGUGGCAAUGUUCAUGUAUAUUCGUGUAUCGAUAAGAAAAACCUAGAUUAACUCAUGAUCUACAUAGAAAAUUGUGCAUAUGUAAAUCACUGUUUAAAAAAAACGAAAAAAACUAUCCGAAAUAACGAAAAAGGCCAAUGCACAAGUCGAAAGAUUGAGAAUUCGAGGCAAUUCGCAAUCUGAACCUGAACUGUAUGCGAUAAUUAGUACAAUGAUAUGUAUAUUAUAAUGUGAAAGUUGAGAUGAUUUUAAUCAUGUAAAAAGAGUUAUUAAAAAAUAUAUAGAUGGAUCUCAUGUAAACUG